AUGCACUCUCAAGAAGAUAUUAAUAUAUUUCCCAAACAUGGAGACCAUCUCAAAUAUAAAGAGAAGCAUCAGUAUAUGAGAACCUUACAAUCAAUGCUUCAAUGUGUUUUACUAACUUUUUUAUCUAAAAAAUGUGAUAUAGUUAUAGGAAGACCUCAUAGGAAAUCUCGUAUAACUCAACAAUUCAUAAAAGUAAAGAGAUUUAAUUUCAAAGAUGACAUCAUUGAUGUUCAAAAUUAUAUUAGAAUGAGAUGUAAUGAAUUAGUUCUUCUUGAAAAUAAGAAAGGUAUUUCUGAAAAAACUGCUCGAAGAAGAUGUCAAAUGAUGAAACGUCAAGAAGUUUUACAUCUAACAAUGGACUUACUUUCAUUUUAUGGAGUUUUUGUUACUAUUGAAACUGAAGAAGGAGAAGGUAUUGAUGGAAGAAUUGAAGUUUUUAAUAAUAAGAAAAUAAUUAUUAACAGAGAUUCUAUUGAAAAAAUUGGCACUUUAAUAUCUUCUUUCAUCUCUGAUUUACUUCAAACAUCAAAUGAAAUAAUUCUAAGAUGUGUUGAUAUCAAAAAUUAUUUGAAAGUAAAUGGAAUUUCUUCUGAACUAUUCGAAAAUAUUUAA